AUGACUUCUAUUGAUGAUUCAAAGCGUUCUUUAGUAGUUAUGGCUGAUUCAAGAGUUCGCGGGAAUGCAAGAGAACCAAUCAAAACAUACUCAUUCAUUCGCGGAAGUUAUGAUUCAACAUUAACUAGAACCGUAAACGAUAUAUUAAAUGAUUUGAAUAUUAAGGUAAGAGUUGAACAGAAGAACGAAGAAAUAAAGACUAUCAUGAAUGAAAACAAAAAUGUAAACAUUGACGAUAAACUUGCCCAGAGCAUAGUUGAUGGUAUUAGUGAUUUUGAAGUACAUAAUGACGGUGGAAAUAUGAAUUUAGAAAAAGAAGUUACAUUAUUCACACUGUUUCAAGCAAUUAAUUCGUUACCUAAUCAUUUAAUUAAUGAAGCAUACGAUAACGUUUAUAACUUCUGCAGCUUAACUGAACAUGCAAAAAGUAAUUUUGAAAAAGCACGUAGUAUAUAUGCACAUUUAAUGACUUCUCCAUUUGUUUUAGUGAAGAUUCUAAAACUUUAUCAAAAGGAAUAUUAUGAUGAAUAUGUUUUACCUUUAUUACGUAAGCCAAAAAUAACAUUUGAUAUAAAACUCGAUGACUCGUUUUUGAUAACAGAUAUUAGACGCAAGGCUGAAAAUCAUCAGUAUAAAAACAGUUCUGAAGUAAUUGAGGAUUGA